GGCUCAGUCCGGGCAAGCCGGUUUGCGAAUGGGUGCGAAUGGGUGCGAAUGUGCUGCCCAUGGCUCCAUAAAGCCGGCAAUUCACCGCGCGGAUCCGAGCCAUGACCAUGGCCGUGGCCGGGCAGCGGAGGCCACGGCAAGGAAUCAUGCCGUCGCUUCCUGUACGGCGGUGCCAUUGCCGACCAUAUGAUGGAAUAAGUCAUGGUUCUACUCCGUACUCUCCUCCAUAUUAUCCUCAGUCAUCCAUCUCUCUCGUAUAUCCUCUCGUGUAUCCUUCCCCCUCCUCUCUCUGUACCCAUCGUCUGUGUUGCAUUCCCAUCGCCCGUUUAUACCAAUACCUACCUCCCCUUCUCCAUCUUUCUAAUUCCAUCUAUACCCCGCGCCAUUGACCAAGCAAAACCCAGACCCCUCCCCCUCUCUCCGAGCCCGCACCGUUCGUCGCAUUCGCAUCGCAGGGCAGCCGAGGCCGAGAGUCACACAACAAACUUCGACACCACACUCGCCGAACCCGACGCUUUCCUCGCUCCACCUCCACCUCCCAUUAUCCACAUCCCGCCGCGACAAUGCCUGGGCCCACGAUAGAUUUGACCAAGUUCGACUCUAUCCCGGAGUCUAUUGAGGCUUUCCGUACGCGCCUCCUCUCCAGUCUUCGUCCCUGAGUCACUCGUGGAACCAUCGACGCACUCUGAACCCGACGCACUG